AUGGAGCCAAUUUUUCCUUCAUUCUCGUCGUUACAACAACGAGUAUCAUCAUUCCGAAAGUUUUCUAUCAAACUUCCGAAUGCAAGCAAAUUGAAUUUGUCUAAUUCAUUAUCACCUCUCAAUGUAUUUCGAAAACAGUAUAAUCAGAUGAUUAAAGCAGCACCGUUGCUCCGAUAUUUAACUCCAUUGGCAAUAUUGAGCUUGGUAAUUUCAUAUUUGAGUGGUUUGAGAGAGUACAAUCGGAAUGUGGAGAUGAAUAUACCCUAUGAUGUUUAUAAAUUCUCAAUUAAAGUAACAAAGAGAAUGGUUCAAGAAUUGAUACAUUUGAAAAAUCAACAUGCUAAUAUUGAUCUGAGCAAUUUGGAAUUAAUCAGCCAUUUGAUGGUGAAUUGUUUUGAUAAUGACCAUUCAAGACUCAUGUGCCAAUUCAUGCUGAACAAAUACGGGAAUGAAAUAAUCAAGGAAGUUCUGAAUGUCUCAAACAAGGAUCAAGGUCAAACGGCACGUGUGUCAGAUGAAAUUUUCAGCAAUUUAUUCAGUAAGAUUGAUUAUUCCAAUGCUGCUGACGAAUACUUUCAUCAGUUCGUGGAGCAAACACCACUUACUUCGUCCUACUUGUCUCAUGAUUGGAGAUAUAGAUUGUAUCGAACUCUCCAUAAAGAGAGCAGUGGCGACUCACUUAGAUGA